AUGAUUAACACACAAGCCAACACUCCCUUUCUCCACCCCGCCCCAACCCGCUACUCACCGCCCUACCUUCUAUUCCUGGACUUCUACAUCCUGAUCUCCAACCUCUCCUCCUUGCCAUCCAUAGUCCUCCCGUGGCGCACUCCAAACCCGCGCGCGGAGCUCUACCCCUACUCUGUGGGCAACAUCACCUCCAUAGUCCUGGGCAUAAUCCUCAACCUCGUCGGCCUCCUCUCCUUUCUGCUGAUCCCUGGGUGGUUAUUCCUGCCCGGCGGGGUGUGGCUCUGCUGGCUCGUCGGCGUGACAGCGGUGACGUUGGCCCUCUCCUUCAUGCUGAAUGGACAGGCUGGGGAUGUUGUGGUCAGCAAUGGGAAAUACGUGCGCGGGGAGGGGGAGAAGGAGGACGAGAAGUGGUUCUAUGUGAAUGGGGUCGUGACGGGUGGGUUCUGGUUGGGGUCUAACGUCGAAGAGGUCGAGAGGCGGUUCGGGAGGCGGGUUUGGGGGGUGCAUAAUCGGAGGUUUGUGUUGCUUCCUCCUCUCCGCCAGGGUGAAGAUGGGGAAAUGGAGUGUGUGGGCUGACAGCGCAUGCGAGUGGGGGUGGGGGGACGGGAUUGUAGUUAUGGACUGGUACUCGAUCUGUUACAAUGCCUUAUCCAGCGGGACCUGCGCUAUAGUUCUACCUGCGUACGGGCUUUAUACCGCAACCUCCGCGCCGCGCUGCUGGAAUUCGAAUCCGCCCCUUCCUCCUCGGCCUCCUCCUCCUCCUCCCCCAUCCCCGCUUCCAGGCCGAGGCACAAGAAGGUGGUCUUGAUCGCGCACUCUCAAGGCGCGCUCAUCACCUCGCUAGUGCUAGAUAUGCUCUACGCCGACAUACCCACCUCCCUGCUCUCCCGCCUAGAAGUCUACACUUUCGGCAACGCAUCCAACACAUUCAACAACCCGCUCUACCGGCACGACGAUACGGGCUCUGGUGUUCUGCGGCACCUUGAACACUACGCGAAUCGUGGGGAGUACGUUAGCAGGGUUGGGAUACUGGGAUUCAUGACUGGCGGGGAUGUUGCCGAGGUGGCGGACGGCUGGGGAAAUCAGUUUGCCGGCAGGGUUUUGGUUAGAGAGGGGCGGGGGCACUUGUUUGUGCAGCAUUACUUGGAUGUGCUAUUUCAGGGCGGGUUUGUCGAGGCUGGGAGUGGUCGGGGGGUGGGGAGGUUGUUGGGAUAUAAGGAUGGCAGGGCGGUGGAGUGA